UUUCUUGAUAACGAAAUGGAGUCUUUCUCAUCUCUCUGUGGUGCAACGGUCGAAUUUACAGGAAAAAGGAAAAUGAGGAGAAAGGAAAGGGGGAGAAACCCUAAAGCCCUAGAUGCGGUUGGAGAAGACGAAGCGCGUGAAAUCACCUCCAAUGAGGGGAAAAGGUUCUUUGCUUGCUACCUCUUGACCUCCCUCAGCCCGCGCCACAAGGGUCAUACUUACAUCGGAUUUACAGUGAACCCGAGGCGCAGAAUUAGACAGCACAAUGGAGAGAUCACAUGUGGUGCCUGGAGGACGAAGAGCAAACGGCCAUGGGAAAUGGUCCUAUGUCUCUAUGGUUUCCCCUCAAACGUCUCUGCUCUUCAGUUUGAGUGGGCAUGGCAGCACCCGAGAGAAUCGCUAGCGGUGAGAGAAGCAGCUUCUGCUUUCAAAUCCUUCUCCGGGGUUGCAAACAAGAUCAAGCUUGCGUAUACAAUGCUCAAUCUUCCAGCGUGGCAAAGUUUAAACCUCACGGUGAAUUUUUUCUCGACAAAGUACAUGCACCACAGCGCUCUCUGUCCAAGUUUGCCCGAGCACAUGAAGGUCCAAGUUUGUCCUAUGGAUGAGCUUCCUCAUUUCACGAACCUAGAUGGUUCUCAAUCAGAAGAUGAAGAUGGUUCCAAAGCUACGGAAGAAGAGAAUGAUGAUAACCAGAACAAGCCCGAGAAUACAACAGGCGCAUUGGAUAAUUUCCAUCUGGGUGAAAGAGAAGUUUGCAGCAGAGAAUUUGAACAUCUGGAAGAACCGAAUGCUGUUGUUAUUGACGAUAGGCUAACAAACUUCAAUGGCUUUUGCUCAGAAGAGACCGCUGAAGGAGCAUGCUCGUCUGGUAUGGAGAGGAACACUGACAAGGAAAAUGGUACAGACAUGGAUAACAAGGAUCAGUUGUGUGAACUUGUUGAAAAUCGGGUAAGAAAAUCAACGGGUAUGGAUCGGGCAAGAAAGCAUUUCGGUAUGUCAGAUGAAGUUCAUGUCAUAGAUCUGCUGACUCCUUCUCCGAGCUGCAGAGCAGGAUCGUUCAAGAAGAAGCGGCAAGUUCCAGAGUUCAUAGACUUGACAAGGUCCCCAAAUUUUAUAGAGCUGUAGAAGAAUGGGGCUGGGGAAUGUGCAAAGGCGAUGUUGUAGCAUUUGUUUCAAUAAGGAAAAUUUCAUAUACCGAAAGCGGGCAAUGUGUGUUAAGGACUGAUUUCUGUAAGUGUUUAUGAGUAAAAUACGGUUGUUACUUCACCA